CGUGUGUACGUCCGUGCGUAGUUGUGUGGGGACGGCGGCCUGUGACUGUUAGUACAAGGAGGACCAUCUCGCUCCCUCCGCUGGUUAACAGAGCUGGGCGAGUACCCACUUUGGUGUGAACCGGAUUUCGUGUACAGCCUGUUCCAACUGAAUCAUCGUUCAAUUAAGAGAAAGCCGUCAAGUGAAAAGAAUCUACAUACCAGGUACAAUCAUGUUCCUUACACCAUUACGCAGUCUACUGUCCAACAUCUCCAUGUCGGGAUCGCCGGUAACGCUGCAUUUAAACUACACAGAUACCAAAGUAGAGCAGAAGGGAGAGUAGAGCUAGAAUUGUUAUAAAAUGUUUCAGAACUGUUUUGUAGCUCUUUCAUUAUUGAUCUUAUCAAACCGUCGGGACUGUUCUGGGAAGAUCUCUGGUACAAAGCCAUAAUAUAGUUUAUUUAGAUUUCGAAAGACAAAGGACGAGUUUGUAAUCCGAAUUACUAUGUCUAAAUGAAAAGAAAACAGCGAUCCGACUCUUAAAAAUCAAAUAUUUCAUAUAUCCGGAUAUUUGUCUCGGAUCUGGCCCACCUUUCGCUCCCGGCCUGGCCUGGCCUGCCACCGCCUGUCGUGGCCUCGCGUCGCUCCGCCCGGCUCGAGGCGACCGAUAAGGGAUCUAUUUUUGAUUCGCAUUGUGACUGAAUAAAAUGAAACGAGUCGUCGAACGACAGGGGGACGACGGAAAGGUGUGCUCGUCGUGUGUACUUUCGUGAAAGAGAGAGAGAGAGAAGCGAGAGAGGGAGGAAGAGCGAAAGUGUGGACAAGAACCGAGAGAAAGAAAAGAAGGAAAAACCGAAGACCUGGAAAGCCAACGACGAGGUGGUGGUUGCUUUUUCUGUAUGAUCAUCCUCGUUAAGAAGGAGGUUGUUGGAGUAUAACCAAGCUUGUCAUAAUAAUAAUAUUCAAAACAGGCGAUGUUCGAGGAUCAUCGUCGUGUCGUGUGUGUGGUAGGCUAGGCUACUACUUUUCGCGUGUUGUAUUUGUGUUGGUAUAACCCAGCAGUGAAGGAGUUUUGCUUUUCCAUCAUCUUUGGAGUUACAGCCUUCGAGCUGUUCUACUGUGGUGUGUCGCGUCUCUGGUGUGUGUUGAUGCCUUUGUGCUGAGGACAGGCAGGCAUCAGCUCUGACCUCUGAAUUGCUGAAGUGUUGAAAGAAACAGUACAUAUCCGUCUGUUUAGUGCUGAUACAUGUUGAUGGUUUGUUCAGUGACCCUUUGUGACAGUCGCGAGUUUUUGACAAUGGGUUAGAGAUUUAUGACGUUGUGAUCUUCUGCUGAUGGCAGACGGAUUGAAGUGACUUUUUGGAUUAAAGAUUAUCGGAAGGAGGAGUGUUCCUUCACGUGACGUAAAAAAGUACGUGAACUGCAGUUUUUAGAAGGACUAUUAACAUUUUGGAUUAUGGAUUCGAGAAUGUUGCUUAUAAUGACAAGAGUGUGUGGACGAAGUUCAUCAAAGGAAGUAUAGACUAGCGUGCUGUUUGAACGCUGAGUGUGUGUAGUCCGGUCUAUGGACUACGGUGCUGGCGGUCGAGGUUUGAAUCCAGUUCUGCGGACGACCGUCAGUCAGAAUGGGCAACAAACAAGGGACAGAGUUCCUCUCCUCCGACUCGAGCGCCGUGGACUCCCGCGGCCGGAGCUGGUCAUUCCACGGAGUGGCCGGACGUCGGCGGUCAGCAGCCACCAUCGGUGGUCACGGGGCCAGGACUCCGACAGCUCGGGACAUUGAGGAGUUUGGAGAAGGAGGAGGAGGAGGAGGGGAAGGAACGGAGUUCCGGGAGAGGAGCGCGUCUCUGUCUGACGCUACGAGACCCGGGAGGCGACAUCAUCGAUCGAGUAACCUCCCCGUGGUGCGGGGUUUGGCUGCUGACGCUGCUGCGGCUGUUUCUUCUGCUUCUUCUGGUGGUGGUGGUGGCGGAGGCCUUCACGAAAAAGGUUCGGCUGUUUACGGCAAAGGUCAAGGCAACAACAGGGGUCAUGACCUUAAAAACACCAAGGCCGGGGGAGGAGGGCGUGGUGAUGACGGCAGCCGUGGUGAUCACAAACACAGAUCGUCCUCAGGUCGAGGGGGUGCGCCCUCCUCUUCCUCUACCACCUCCACCACCACAGCCACCUCCACACCUACAGCGUCUGCGGAUCCGUGGGUUAGACAGCCACCCGAGUGUGUGUCAGCGCCGCCUGGUGGAUGUGAGGAGACUAGACACGAGGGGAAGGGAGAGCCACCAUGUAGGAAAGAGUUGUUUAAAGACAGCUCUUCCUCCUCCUCCGGCAAGGCGAAAAACAAACACUCAGGCCGCACGGGGAAGCAGACAGCAGCAAAUUCAUCAGAUACCACAACCAACAGAGAUGUAAACCCCUCAAGUAAAGAGACCAGAAACCAUAGUUCUAGCGUAUCUGUUAAAGGGGAUAAAGGCCAUAAUAGGUCCAAUGCAGGUGGUAAGGAGAGUGGAGGGAGUAACAUUCAAGUUCUUAAGUCGUCUCCGAAAAGGAGAAAUCGUUUGCAGAAAGGACAGAAUGUGGAACUAAGUUCUCCUGAUGAGUUGGGUGACGUUUCAUUGACCAAGGACAAAGUAGGUGAUAGUGCAGCGGUCGGUGUCGGAAGAAAGGCCGUAGAUUCAGGCGGUGUGCCAAGGCGUGGGGAAGAGACGGGUAGUAAGAAGCCUCAGCCCACAGUGAGGGUCGUUAUGCGAGGAGAAGCUAUGACAUCACCCGAUUCUGGUCAUGCCAGCGCUGCUGGGACGCCGGAUGGGAUGUCACGCGCUCCCGUCACCACAGGGGAGACCAUCUGCAGCCUGGGAGUCAUCCAGUCCCGGCCCUCGUCGUACUCGGCUGCCACGAGUGUGACGUCGUCUUCCGGGAAACGCCCACCCCAGAGGCAGCUGUCGCACCCCGAGCGCUCGGUCAAGGCCACCACCGCGGGCAGGACUCAGUGGGCGAGCGCGUCAGUCGAUGUGGACAAUCGAGAAGCUGGGGCGACGGCAACGGCAACGGCAGCACCGACAUCAUCAAAGUCACUAAUAAAAGGGCGUGAUCGAGAGAGAUUUGGUGUCCCAUCGUCCACCGCAACGCGUCCUUCUGCUCUGAAUCUACCCUCUACCGUGUCACGUGAUCAGGCAUUGACGUCAAUACCCUUGGCACAAUCCCGUUCUGAUCAGUAUUCCAAGGUCAAAGUAAGCGGAGGGGAUAUGAGUGCAAACGAUUCCACUGUCUCCUCCAAUGAGAGCCCGAUCACAGUGACCCCGUUUUCCGACUCCCGACCUCUGGCGACAGGAAAUAAGGAUGUUUCUAGGAGCUGCAUGCAGCUGGAAGUAGGUCAGAAAGUGGUGAGGAGAGAAAAACGUUCGGACGCACGAAGAGAGAACCGUUUUAGCUUAGAUUUGAGUCACAUGAAUGGAAGCUCUGCAGGUUCGCCGUCAACCAGAGACGGUGGUAAGAAAGGUCAUAACCCCAUACUGGAGGAAUCUGGUGUUUUGUUUCACAGUUUUGAUGACGCGGGAGCUUCCGUUCCUUUUGUAACUAGUCAGGAAUAUGCUUUGUCGGACCAGUGGCUAGACAGUAUUGGUCGUAAACGUCGGAGAGGUCUAAUUGGCAGUGUCCAUGAUGAGGAUGACGGUGGAGUCCAGUCACCGUCAACCCCCGCUUCUUCUGUCAGCCAACACGAGCGGGCGUCGCUUAGCAACCGUUCGUCCGACAACUACGACGGUUUUGUCGGAGAGCCGAGCAGCAGUAAGGCGGGGAGCAUGAAUCAGUCCGCUGGGGGUGAGUUCGCUAUCACCACCACUGACUCGGGCUACAACACAGGUAGGAGCUGUUUUUCCUCCAUCGACUACACGAGAGUCCCUCUCAAAGUGUCCACGACACAGGCCUGCGCCUCCCAGCCCCCGCCCGCCUCACAAACCGGGGGUAGCACCGGAAAGAACGUUGGGGUCGUUGGAGGUGGUUGUAGUUUCAGUAGUUGUAGUAAAACAACUAGUGGCACCUCUGCUGCUGAUAAGACGUCUAUGGUCCAGGUGGCGUCUUUCGCACGAGCGACUGACACGGAAGGUCGGCAGCACAAAGGCGUUAGCGGGGCUGACAGUGUAGUAUUAUCUGAUGCUGUGGCCUACGUGAGUUCAGUCACUUCUCUUGUCCCCGGUGAUGACACUUACGGUCCUCCCAUUGUUUCAGAGAUUGUUGACACUGGCAAGGAUAGCCUCCCAUCUGACCGGGAGAGAAAGUACAUUCCAGAUGAUGCCAUCUCAGACUGUGCGGGUAGUCACAAAGGUAGUGUGUCAUCUUCUGGUUACGAAGGAGUGUUUGAAAAAGACAAACCACAACCUGCUAGUGAUGUAAUCAUGCGUGUCGGCUCUAAUGUUACAGGAAUGUCCGUUAGUGAGUGUGAAGGAAAGGUGUUGAAUGUUGUGGAGAGAAUGACGUCAUCAUAUGUGACUGGGGGUGACGAGGAGGUGGCUGUCACUGCUUGCGGAAGUGCAGGUCUGUCAGGGUCGGCUGGCCGUCACGGUGUGGCGGAGGGUGAGAGGAGGACAGGUGAGAGGAGGACAGGUGAGGAGGAAGAGGGGAACACUCAACGGGUUGGCCAGAGGGAGGAAUGUGAUGAAAAAGACCCUCUCUCUAUCCCGAGGGAGAUAUGUCAGACAGCUGGCGAUACUCUGUCAAUCCAGAGGGAGGGAGUAUGUGAGACGUCAGUGGGUGAUGGUGAAAUAAUCGAAUGUCUCCCCAAGCAGGAUGUGUGUGGAAGUAGAAGUGGUCUCUCCAUGUUGUCCUCCCCACCACCACCGCACGAUGAUGAAAUCAGAGAUUGCGAUGAAAUCAUCAGCGGUAACGACACCGCCGCCACUCGAGCUGACAGAAGCAGCGGAGACGUUCGGGGAGAGAGCCGGGACACGGUGAUCCCCUCACACAACAAAAACAACGGAGAUAAUUGGCCGGGAAGUGGCAGACUUUGUGACGAGGACCAGCGCUCAUUUGGCGGGUCGCGACGCGAGCAAGUGGUGGUGGCUACCGCCGGUCGUGCUGAUGGUGGUGAGUCGGAGGCGGAGCGCGACAAGUGUGUAGUAGGAGAGCACAGAAGUAAUGAGUCGAAAUUGGCACAGCGAACUGCAACAGUGGCAGUAGCAGCGGCAGGAGCGACACAGACAGCAUGGUGUGUCGGUGGCUCGGUGCCGGGGGGACCCUGCAGUCUUUCCGACCGUGUUGUUGAAAUCGGAAGCGAUCAGAACCGGAGCGCUAGCAGCAGGCACACGGCACAGGUAGACAGGAGCGGGGAGGCGGGAGUACGACGCAGGUCUGAAGAUAACGACGCUGCUGCUAUUUCACUCGGCGGCAUCGCCGGGAAAGGUUACGUCGGUCUAGAUAGUUCGGCCGCUUAUAAGAAUUCGAUAGCAGACGAGGGGAGAGUAAGUGCGGGAACCGAGGCGGUGGGGAGAUCCUGUGGUGGUGCUGAUGUUUCGGUAAGUGCACCGCUCACAGAGGGAUCAGUGCAGGGAGACUUCAGGCAAAGUGUGAAGAAGGGUGAAAGUGCUUCUAGUGUUGGACCUACGAUGUUUGACGGAUCUGGUGAGAGUGUUUUGGAAAAUAAGCACUCUGUUCAUGUCGGUGCGCAGUUUGUGUGUUCGGAUUAUGGGACUACUACGUGCGAAACGCCAGUCACGUAUUUGGAGUCUCGAGUUGAUGAAAAUGAUGAAGAUGAAGGAGAUAAUAGCCCCGUCUGGCGACGUCUUGAAUCGGAGUCAAUGACGCAAUUCCCUCCACCUAACAAGACGACGGACACAGACCCAAACAUACAACAGUUUCUUGCCGCUUCAGGUAACAGCAAGUUUACAUCGCAAAACAACAAUAAAUUCACUGCUCAAAAUCGAGACGAAUUUGCCGUCCAGAGUAAGGAGAAGUUCCCCGAUGAUAUCAGUAAUGUUUUGAACUCGCGCGGACCUCGUUAUGACACCGCAGAUGUAAUUAUUUCUUCUUCCCUGCUUGAAGAUGGUGACAGCAGUAGUUGUAGUAAGGUCAACAACAUGGGAUGGUCAGGCUACCAGGCAUCGCCACCGACAGACCCCGCCGCGGGCUACGGGGACAAGCAAGAGAUGGGAGAUAGAUUGCCAGUGAGCGCGGUGGACGGUGUUAGGACGAGCCAGCGGUCAGACGGCGAAAAGCCGGACACGACAGCAAGCUCUGUAGCUUUGCGAGAUGCGGGGAAAACAAAUGAGAUUUUUGGUGGGUCGGCGAGUUUGGGAGACUCGCCACGUGGAAUGUACGGUCAAGUCGAUGACACUGUCUCCAAAUCAGUCGCGUCCAGGUACUGUGUUGAAGUGACCAAUCCUGGCUACGAGACGGACAGUCUGGAGAGGAGUAACGCCGCCUUGUCUGCUUCCAAGCUCAGAGAAGUUUCGCAGUCGUUGUACGGAGGGAAGUUUGCAGACCACAUGAAUAACUCUUCAAUGCGUUCUACAGCGACUAAAGCGGGCAAAAGGUCUUCCGCUUCCGCGAAUAUUGCCACUUUGACGAAAGAUAUGUGUGCGUCUGAGAACUACAUCGGAGAUUUGAGUCGCCGUAGAGGCACAGCCAGUUUAUACAGGGAUCUUUCUCUCUCCGAGAACAGCAUGUUGGACAGUCUAGAUAAUGACUGGCCCUACUCUUCGGAUACUUUCGGGAAAAGUUUUGAACCGUCGGAAAAUUUUGCCGAGAGUGUCAAAUCAAUAUACUCGCAAGGCGAGAAGUCGCUGUCGAUGGCGGACUGUUCGUACCCACUUGACGUCGUCAAGUCAUACAGUGCCGGGGGGUUCCAGUGUCAAACGUCGUCAGAACUGAACCUCGUCUCCCCGGACCAGAGCUCAAGCCAACUAGACUUGCUCAACGCCAGCUCCAACAGCAUGGAGGCUCUGCCUUCUAAAGAAGAGUCGUCCGCUUGUGACGACAGCGUUCUGUUUCCUCUUUGGGAUGAAGAAGAAGAGAUGGAGGUUGAGAUGAGGCCUCGAACAAAUUCUGCCACUGCGGCGGAACUCGCUUCCAGAACGCGGGGUAAGAUCGCUAUGGGUAUGGCGAGUGCCCGGAUCAGGAGGUCUUACGCUAGUCCCGUGAAGGAAGAGUACCCGUCUCCCGUGAGACCGUCGUCAGGAGAAAUCUAUGCGCGAGUUGAUAAGUCGAUCCUCGGCUUGAGAAAUAGCCCGUUAGUUGUGGGUUCGUAUCCCACUGAGACGAUGGGAUCGGGUUUGAUUAGUCAGAUAUCAGUUCCAGAAGGUGCGUCGGAGAAGGUUACUAUUCCUUCCCCAACCAUAGCGUCGUCUUCUCGAAUGUUCCAGAAGUCUACAGCUAAAAAUCUGUUCUCAAGACCAGAGGAUAUUAGGCCACAGACCAUCCCCGGCCUUUCGCCACGGCAGUCUCCAUACGCCGGACGUAAAAAGUUCUCUGCGUCUACGCGCACCCCAGAGCUGAACCGCAGUGCUGCGUCAAAUUCUGAUCUUCAGCAAGAUCAGCAGCAGCGACGCCAGCAGAAACAGCAGCUCAAAUCGGCAAGUAUCGACAUUCCGGUGAGCAAACACCCUCGCUCGUCUGACCCGGACCAUCCGGAGCAGCCCGCGGACGACAUAGGUGACCACCUUCCUACUGCACGUCACGGAGCGUCGCAGAACUUCAACAUACCCCGUCAACGCCAUUCUCUGGACAGCGGUCAGAACUAUCUGUCGCAGUCUGCGGAUAUCUCACAGCCCCACAGCGCUUUCUCCUACCACUACGGAUAUAAUAAGAACAACCCGUCUAUUCACCCACACGGCUACCACCCUGGUGCGGCCGGUGCAGGAGGAGGAGGAGGCAUCACUGGCUACCCUGAAAGUUUAUCCGCCAACAAGGAGUUUAUCCGCAUGCUCUCGUCCUCGCUCCCCAGCCACCAGCACGGGUUUCCUGCUCUCCAUGCCCCCAUGUCCAGGGCCAGCAUCAAUUUGGCGCCACUUCCAGAAGAGGUGAGCCCGGGAAACACGCUCCUCAGCGCCAGCGUCCCAUCUGGAGGGAACGGGUUCAGUUCCCGCUACCACGCCGUGCCCAACUACAAGGACCCGCCCCUCCUUCCGUCCUCAUCUCAUCAUCAUCAACACCUUGUUCAUCUUCAUCAUCAACGUGUUCAUUCGCCCCAGCGGUUCGCCCCACAACCACCCGCUCAAGUCUUUCACUUAAACCAGCAGCGACGAAGCGUCUCGUCCUCGCACCUGCCAGCCGCCCAGAGACACCCCUUCCACCCCCACCACCCGCACUGCGACCCCCAAACAGAUGACCUCGGCAACGACCAUUAUACCAGCGACCUCCGUGGGGGUUCCGACGUGCAGCAAUAUCCUCUGUACGCCGAGUCCGCGGAUAUCCGUCCUCGCAGCCGCUCGAUGAUUAACCCGCCUGGUCUAGAACUGGCUGCUCGCCUUCAAGGCUCGUAUGCCGGACACCCUCUCACCAGCGCGGACCGUGCCUGGAGCUACAGUAUGGCCUCUUUGGUGGAUGGCACUUCCGGUUUUGGGGGCAAUGCUCAACUGUACCGUGAUGCGCCCAGGCCGCUGGUGGACCCAGCUGGCUACACUGCCCACCGGCCCAAGCUCAAGACCAAUGGUCAUCUCACUGGCGUCCACUCCAGGACUGACCCUCCACCUCUGCUGCCACCCAGAUCUUCCCUCUCCCCAGCUCCUUUAGGUCACCACAAAAUGGGUCCGCCUGUUCCAGCCAAGCCAAAGCUCUUUUCUCCCGCGGCCGCGCUCCCCCCUCCCUCGUCAACCCACAAGCUGCUCAGCAGUGGAGGAGGAGGAGUGUCCCCUCUAGAGAGAAACAGCAGCAGCCCCCACCAGCUGAGCGCUGACUCAGCCCUUGGCUCAGCCCUGGCAUCAACAGACGCCAGUCUACAGUCUGCCACGUCCUCAGGGAACAGAGAGUUGGAGAAUGGCAAAGAGAGCCCACCACCGCCUCCUCCGGACGUCGCACAAAAUGACCUGAUGAUGAGGCUUGGCUUGCUGCUCGGCGACAGAAUGCCGCCCUCGGGGGUCACCGGAGUCGGAAUCCAGGAUCCUGGACAUGUUCUACCGCCCGGGUUCCAGUCCAUCUCGUCACUGUCGAGUAAUGAGAACACGCCGGAGAGAUGUCUCUCCGACACCAGUCCUAUGUCCACACUCACAGUGUCUUCGGGCAGCGAGCCAGGCGCUGCUUUACUGAGCCUGCGCAGCCACCCUGGCAGCCUGUACCCCGUGGCCUCGCGGGAGCUGAGCGCUGACAGUAUGGUCUCACUCAUGUCUACCAGCAGCAUCAGCCCACAGUCCACGGCACAGCGACCUCACUCCAUCACCACCUCCAUGCCAGGUGCCAUUGAAGAGCUGCCUCUGUUUGGGAAGCGACGUUCUUCACUGCGCCGAUCAGCAAGAGCCACGAUGGCUGAUGGGAGAUUACGCUUCACUCCCAUCAAACCGCCACAACUUCAGCUCAAGCCUCUCGUCUUCGAGGUUCCUCACCCGGAGGGAAAGCCCAUGUUUGUGGGUCGUGCCUGGCUCUUCAGCGAGCUGGAGAAUGUGCUCAAUGGUGAUGCUGGGGGCGCGUCCCGGCCUGCGGGUGUGGUCGUUGUGGGCGGUCUGGGCAGUGGCAAGACGGCUCUGAUAGAACAGCUGGUCGACCACAGCUGCUUCGGAGAUAGGAACAGUUCUGGUGUUGGCGGCUCAGAGAAAGGUCCUCAGCACCUCCAGCCCAGCCGCAGUGCGUCCAACUCCCAGUUGACAGACUACGCCACGCUCAACGGUCUGGGCUUCCAGGUAGUGGCCUACCAUCUGUGUCAGGCGGACAACAACGCUACGUGCAUGGUCGCCGACAUGGUCUCUAGCAUAGCCGCUCAGCUGGCACGGGCUCCGCAGUUGGCGGCCUACAGGGACUUAUUGCUACAGGAACCACAGUUGCAGAAUCUCCUGAGCAUCAAAGAAUGUGUUCAAAAUCCAUCGCUCUCAUUCCUGAAGGGAAUUCUUGAGCCGUUGCGAACUCUGAAAAACGCGGGGAAAAUCUUUUCAGACUCUUGCAUAAUCCUGGUGGACUCUCUUAAUGAGGCAGAGUUCCACAAGCCGGACUACGGUGACACUGUGGCCUCGUUUCUGUGUCGUCAUGCCAACAAGUUCCCCAGCUGGCUCAAGCUGGUGGUGACCGUGCAGUCAGCGCUGCAGGAGAUCACCUCGGCCCUGCCCUUCCACCGCAUCUAUCUCGACCGGCACGGCGCCGAGCAGACAGAGCAGGUGGCCAAAGACAUUGUGGAUUACGUCGACCACAGAAUCUCGAACAGCGUCGCCAUACAGAACAACGUUGCCAUAAACGGACGCUUCGAUAAAGAUCUGCAGUCCCGGUUCUCAUCGCACGUGCAGGUCCUCAGCAAAGGGUGCUUUCUCUACGCAAAGUUGGUGUUAGACCUUAUAGAGCGAGGCCAGCUAGUUCCCAAGUCCUCCAACUACAAAAUACUGCCCGUGAAUCUGUCCGAAGUGUUCCUCCUGCAUUUUAACCUCAAGUUCUCCAGCGUGCGAGCGUUUGAGAGAGUGUCGACGGUCCUGGGCGUGUGUCUGGCCGCCCUCUACCCUCUCUCCCUGGAAGAUAUUUUCCUCACUGUCAACUCUGGGUUCACCCAGCGUUACAUCAGCUGGGAGGAUUUCUGCCAGCGAAUGAACAUCCUGUCCGGGUUUCUGUUCCGUCGUCACGACAACACCUUCAUGUUCUUCCACCCAGCCUUCAGGGAGUGGCUCAUACGCAGGGAUGAGGCAGACUCUCCAAAGUUCUUAUGUGAUCUUCGCAGCGCAGAUUUUGAUUAUCGCAAUGGCCACGCUCUGAUGGCGUUCCGCCUGUCCCGCGUGUCGGCGCCACUGGCCCAGGAGAAGACCACCGAGCUGGGCCACCACAUCCUCAAGGCACACAUCUACAAGACCAUCAGCCGCCAGCUGGGCUACUCCUCCCGGGACAUGCAGGCCUACUGGAUGUGCCUCAGCUCGCACAACCUCAACGCUGCGCUCGUCUCGCACCGGAACAUCUUUUCGCCUAACGUAAAGGUGAGCCGACUGAUUCUUCUCUCUGGUGGUAACCCCAACACAAAGACAGACUACCUGGCGAACGCCCCGGUCCUGUGUGUAGCGGCCAGGGAGGGUUUCGCCGACAUGGUCUCACUGCUCAUGGAGUUUGGUGCUGACCCUAACGCGGCCUCAGACACGGGAAUGACCGCUCUGUGCCACGCAGCUGCCGCCGGACACAGGGAGGUCAUGCGGAUGUUGUGUCUGCAGAAUGCAAGGCUCUCGGCCCAGGAUAACCAGAGCCAGUGUGCGGCCGUCCAUGCGGUCAUCCAUGGUCAGCUGGACUCUCUCAUCUUCAUGCUGCAGCUCAACUGGCCGGUGGUCACUGGUGAACCAACCCGAGACGAGGCCAUCACACAGUGCUUUACCGCAGCCGCUGCCACCGGCAACAGACAGAUCCUGGAGUACCUGCACCAGGCAUACAGUGGGUCCAGGCUCAAUCUCAUCGACUCACUCCUUGCUGAGACAGCUUUAACUGCCGCCUGUCUCCAUGGGAGGAAAGACGCUGUUCACUUCCUGUUGGAGUCGGGAGCUGACGUGACCUUGGCCAACAGCAAGUCGUUCACCCCGCUGCUGUGUGCCGUAAAGUCCGGGCGCUGGGAGAUCGCCGACACGCUAUUGGCCACUGGUGCUGAGCUGGAGACGCCUGAUAAAUAUGGCCGCACACCACUGAUGAUAGCAGCUGGAGAGGGUCAUAUCGGAGUGCUCAACUUGCUGCUGGACAAAAAUGCCAACCUGACCAGUGUGGACAAGGAGGGGCUGUCAGCACUCUGCUGGUCAUGUCUGCGUGGUCACCUGCUGUGUGUGGAGUCACUGGUCAAACGAGGGUCAAAUGUCCAUCACACAGACAACAGUGGACGAAGCCCGCUGCACCUGGCUGCCUUCUAUGGUGAUGCUAACAUUGUCCAGUUUCUGAUGGAGCAUGGUGCCCAGAUUGAGCACACCGACAUGAGCGGGAUGAGAGCUCUGGACCGAGCGAUAGCCUGCCGCAACACAGCGGUCAUUGUGUGCUUCCUGAGGAAGGGCGCAAAACUGGGCCCAGACACUUGGGCGAUGGCAGCUGGCAAGACAGACGUACUGCUGUUGUUACUCAACAAGCUGAUGGAGGAUGGAAAUAUUCUCUACAAGAAAAAUCGCAUCAAAGAGGCCAGUCAGAGAUAUCAGUACGCCUUGAAAAAGUUCCCGCGAGACAACAGCCCAGAAGAGGCUCAGACGUUCCGCGACCUCAAGCUCAACUUUUAUCUCAACCUGUCCCGGUGUAAACGGAAAAUGAACGACUUGCAAACUGCCAUGGACCUAGCCACCAAAGCACUGGACAUGAGGCCGAACUGUUUUGAAGCCUACUAUGCAAGAGCGCGUGCGAAGAGAGACGACAGACAAUACUCUGCUGCCGAGCAAGACCUGCUAGAAGCGUUGAGACUGGCACCGAAGAACCGCGAACUUCAACGCCUGCUGACCCGAGUCAAGGAGGAGUGCCGGGAGCAGAUGACUCGCUACGAGAGCGGAGCUGUUGCGCCUGAGAUGGACAGAAUCUCGGAGGAUGAAGAUUACUCUCUGGCCAUCGACAACACAGUGACGGAUGAGACAGCGUUAUGACAUAAUGCCAGCAGGAGGUGGGGGAGGGACCAAGUCUGAGUUGUGGAGAGAUUGAUUAGUUCAUGGGUCAAGUUGUUAACAUUGUUGGGCCGAGUUUGUUAACCUUCAACCCUUAUUUGCUUUUUGGUGUAGUAUAUUAACAAGAGUCGCCGACUAGAGGCAAAACGUGUUUGAAUGUGAGAGCCGAUAUUAGCAACAAGUGUGUACACUGUCUGCUUUUUUAUUUUGAGAAAACUGUAGGACAGGUGUUGUUUAAAAGAAAGCUAACAUGUCUGAGAGGUAUCAAUCCUUUUCAAUGUUUAAGGAAGAGUCAGCUCCGUGUCUGAAAUAUAAUUGUAGAGGAGACAAGUUCAAAACAUUUAGUUAGGGAAGGAUUUUUUAAACUUGCAGCCCUAGUCUCUGCUAGUGUGUGAUGACUGUCUUUGUUAAGAGGGUUAGAGAACUUGGGGAAAAAAAAUUUCUGUUGCUGUAAAAUAUACCCUACACCCCCUCUCUCUACCUCCUGCUGCUGACUUGCUGUGCAUUUACUGAUCAGAUAUUUCCAGAGUGCUCACUGUCUGUGAUUAUAGUAUACACCUAGCUGUAAAAGAAUUGAAGAGUCUCAUAGAGAGUGGCAAUGUCUGUGGUCUUUAUGUAUUGGGCUCUUUGUCUUGCACUCAAAAAUGUGAAUUUGGUUACUUGAUUGGGAGGAUUUUUAUUUUUUUUUGAGCCUCUCCGUAAUUCUACAAGGGUGUUUGUCUUAAUUGUGGGGGGGAGGUGUGACACAUUUACCGUCUAUCUCACAUUGAGGUGUUCUGUGGAUAAAUCGCCGAGGUGCGUUCUUUUUUCUAACCAUUUUCCUGCUGCUGCUUCCCCAGUGGCCCAGGUGGGGAUUAGCACGUUGACCAAAUGAUAAGACUGGUACAUGAAAGACCUUUUCUGUAAUUGAAUUCUUUUCUGUUCGAGAGUGGGAUUCUGCCCAUUUGUCGUCAGAUUUAUUUAACUCAUCCAGACUAACUGGAAAUUUUGUGUUCGUUCACCUGUCCACCAAAGCAGAAAUGAUUUGAUAGCAAUUCUGUAGUAUGUUCUCCAACAUGAGCUACUCUGAUGACACUUUCUCUACAUUGUUGUUUUGUGCGUAGACAUUGCCAAAUUUGAUUUAAUGCAUUUUUAGCUCUCUGACUGGUGAGUCACCCGACCGGACUAAAAAGAUGCAUGCCAUUCAAAUGGACCCAUCUUUUCACGUAUUACUAAACUUUAAAAAACACGAAAAACCCUAUUUCAACUUUCGAUUUCCCAAGAGAGACAUGGUCAGUUCCUGGUUUGAUGGACAAGCUCGCUUGAUUUCCAAAUAAGAAAAUGUGUUAUUUACGUUGUUUUAAUGUAGUGAGCGUUAUUUUAAAGACAAAAUACAGAGGCAAACUGUAUGAUAGUAGUAAUUAAUACAUUUUUGCGCAAUUGAAAUAUAAAAAAAGUUUUUUUUUUUUUUUAAUGGAAUAGAGGCCUUUGGCCUGGUAUUAAAAACUAUAAUUUAGUGAAAAAUGGAAAAUGAGACUCCUGUGAUCUUGUCCUGCUGCCUUUUUGCCGUCUUUCUUUGAUAACUUCUCUUGUUAUCCCCACUGAGGUUUGUGAAUGUACAGAUGGUGAGAGAGAUUUAAGUGGGUGUGUGUGUGUGUGUGUGUGUGUGUGUGGAGAGAGAGAGAAGGGGGUGAGAGAGAGACAGGGUGGGAAAUGCACUUACUUUUGACAUACUAAAUAGCAGAGCUUGUGUGCAGAAAAAAGAGAAUGUGUGUAUGCUCAACUUCACUUGUUUUGCAGCCUGCUGUGUAAUUAGAUCUAUUGUGCUUUUUUUUUAACUUGUAUAUUUUUACUAUUUUUGUUAAAGAUAGUGAUCUUUUGUUAAGCAAAAAUCUGGUGCUUUCUUGUGAUUUUCGUUUUAUUUUCUUUCUGCCAGUACGACUGACUUUCAUUACUCGGUUUCCUAUAACUCAGAUCUGUAUUUUGUAUUCAUUGAGGGAGAGAUAAGUAACAGAGGAAGAUUCUCAGGAAUCUGCCUCCCUUCCUACCCAUGUCAUAAAUACUCAGUUGUUUCUUCCUUUUGUUCCUGCCUCCUUAAUUGGUCAAACUAGUGUCAAAAGUAAAUUGUCUGUAUGUAUAGGUACUGUCGUGCAGGCAAUUUGGUCCUUUUUUCAACAAUUUUGAAAGGUCUCACCACUUUAUUAAACACAAUAGCAAGACAUCGUAAAAAUAUUUUUAUUACAAAAAUCCUCAUGAAAAUUAAGUAAAGAAAAUGUGCACAACAAAUCUUUCUUGGAACACACCUAAAAAAGCUGAUAUUUAUCCUCUAGUGUCCUUUGCAAAUUUGAUGAAAUCACCCUUCGAACCCACAGAAUGAAGUUUCUGGUUUUCUCUGUUGCCAUUCCUGUCAGUCACAGUCCUUUGAUAUGACAAUGUUAUACGACAGUGUACAUAGGUCUAUGGUGUCCUUUUUUUAAACAUAAUUUUAUGUUUUCAUUUCAUGUAUCUCUGUACAAAUAUCUUCAGUUGGAUCAUCAUGAUUAUCGUUGUUCGUCUUCAGUCAGUCUUGAAGUCAAAUCACGCACAUUCCCUAUAUAAUAUAUAUGUUACCGUUUCGUUUUGUAUAAAGCUAUUUAAAUUCUCAUUCUAUUACAGUACAAUUCUUGUUUUUUCUAUUGUAUCAGAGAGUCCUGUAACAUAAGUCACCAUUCACUAUAUAAUUAUAGAAAGCUCAUAAUAGUUUCUUGAAUAAGUUUUUUCUCUCUCUCUCUCUCUCUCUCUACUUAUAUAUAUAUAAUAUUAUAUAUAGAUUUUAGUUCCUGAGUUUUUUUCCCCCCCUUGAAUGAAGACGGAUGUGAGAUCUUUUUACUGUCCAGCUGUGUCACAAAGUAGAACAACAUGAAUAAAGAUCCUAGGCCUACAAUUCAUUAA